GCCUGUAGCCCCACUGAUGUCAUCCCGUCCCGUGUGAGCUCGGAUACCAUGUGGGGACGCAGGCCGGAGCUGCCACGGGGAACGGAGCUGGCCGGGGACAACUGCACCUAAGAGGGGACCAAACUUUCUGUUCCUUUCUCCCCAGCCCACCUUGCUCCCGAUGAAGCCACAGCUGCUGCUGCCCCUGCUGUGGGCGUCCUGGCUCCUGGGGACCCUGCCCGAGGGCGAGGGUUGUAACCGGACCACCUCCGAGGGGCAUGCAGGAGCCGAAGCGGUGCCUGGUGAGAGAGGGAGCCUCCUGAACGUGAGCGUCGGCAACCAGGGCCGCCCUGACUCCCUCUUCCUGUCGUGGGAUGAGCCGGACGGGGGUGCCCUGGGCUACACCCUGGCAAUCUACACGCUGGAGCCGGACGUGCUGCUGCAGAACGGAUCGGCUGGACCCAACGCUACCAGCUUCCAGUUCCAGGGGCUUGUCCCUGGGGCAGGCUACAGCAUCGAAGUCACUGCUGCUCUGGCCUGCGCGGAGGCCUCCAGCCAGAGAGUCAGCGGCCAGACAAGCCCUGCUCCCGUACACAACGUGAGUCUGAGCAGCGACGGGAGCCCCUCGGCCCUGCGAGCCUCCUGGACGGACGCCCCCGGCCAGAAGGAUGGCUACCGGCUUGUUCUCUACCACCUCGACUCCCAGGGGGCCGUGAGGAACGAGUCUGUCCCCGGAGCCGUCUCCACCUUCCUGUUUGAUGGGCUGCUGGCUGGCAGCGAGUACGCCCUGAGGAUCAGCACGCUGGCUGGAGUGAGGCAGGCCAGCACCAGUACCCAUCAGUGGACGGCACCCACCACCCCAGCAGCGCUGACACUCCAGAGCCUGGGCUCCAGCACCAGCCUCUUUGCCUCCUGGAGCGGUGCCGAAGGAGCUGCCUGGCUGCAUUUAACCCUCCACAACCUGCUCUCCCGCACGGUGACCAGGACAGUAUCAGCCAAGAGGGGCCUCUCCAAUUACACCUUCCAGCACCUCAGCCCUGGCACCCCGUACCAUCUGGGGGUGAGCGCCGCUGCUGGGCCGUACUGGGCAGUGGGGCCCAACGCCACCGCCUGGACAUACCCCCUGAGCCCAGUCAACCUGACCCUGAGCAUCACUGGGAAGGCUGGCUCAUUGCAGGCUCGCUGGACCCCGCCCGCUGGAGAGAGGGACUAUUAUUUGGUGACCUUGCAUCAGGGAGAGAGCAGAGCCCUGGCCAGGAACGUGUCUGUGGGAGGAGACAGCGCUCACGUCAGCUUCCACGGGCUGAGCCCUGGGAACCAGUACUCACUGCGAGUGACAGCCGUGGCUGGGCCGCACAGGGCACCUUCUCUGAGUGCCGCCGCCUGGACACAGCCACUAGCGCCACCUGGCGUGAGCCUCUCCAGCCAGGGGAGCACCUCCACCCUGCAUGCCCGUUGGAAGGAGGUGGCUGGAGCUGGGUAUGUGGUGGCGUUGUACUCCCUGGAGCCCCCUGCACUGGUGAAGAAUAGCUCUGAGGUGGGAGGUGUCACCAACCUCACCUAUGAGGGGCUGAGCCCAGGGACCCACUACGCCUUUGUGAUCAGCACGGUAGCUGGGCCUUACGCCUCCCCACCCCUGCGCAUCACCAACUGGACAUAUCCUUUGCCCGUGGAAGAGCUGAGCCUCAGCAACCAGGGACAAAGCACCUCCUUGCGCGCCUCCUGGAAAGGAGCUGCUGCCGGCAGCGUGAAUUACAGCGGUGUCCUCCUCGAAGCCAGGUCGCAGGCGUGGCUCAGGAACGUGACAGUGGGGGAGAGCUGCACCAACGUCACCUUCCAGGGGCUGAGCCCCGGGCAUCAGUACACCCUGGAGAUGGCUGCCAUGGUUGGACCUUACAGAUCGCCUGUGCGGACGGCCACAGACUGGACAUACCCUUUGGCCCCAUCUGGUGUGACACUGACCAGUAAAAGACACCCCCUGGGUCUCUCUGCUGCCUGGCACAGCGCUUCUGGGGUCAGAGACCGGUUCCUCAUCCACCUCUACAGCAAGGAGCUCUUGAUGCAACAGAACGUUUCAGUGGGGCCAGACACUCAGAACUUCACUUUCCUGGGGCUUCUCCCCGGGAUCCAGUACUCCGUGGAGGUGACGGCCCUGGCGGGACCCUACAGAGCCUCGGCGCCAUCUGCCACGGCGUGGACGUACCCUGUGUCGCUGGCCAACAUGAGUGUGACACGCGGGCCAAGCCCCCGGGAGCUGCAUGUGGGCUGGAUGGAGUUGGGCGGGGCGGGAGAUCAUUGGGUGCAGCUCUACGCGGAUGAGUCUCUGUCCAUCAUCAGGAACGUUUCCGUACGGCGUGGAGCUGCUCACGUCGACUUGGACGGCCUGGUGCCCGGGGCGCGGUACCGGGUGGAGGUCGUCUCUCGGGCCGGACCCCACCGCACCUCCUCGCAGACAGCCAUCGGCUACACAGCCCCUCUGACGCCGCUGUCCCCAGCCGUGACCAACGGGGGCAGCACCUCCGCUCUGGCAGUGCGCUGGGAGGCCCCUGCAGGACAGAGAGACGGCUACCUGGUCAGCGUGUAUGAAGAGGACGCCCUGGCAGCCGGGAGACGCGUGAAUGCGGGGAAGGACAGCACCAACGUCUCCCUGGCGGGGCUGGCACCGGGAUCUUGUUACCACGUUGGAAUCUCCGCUCUUGCCGGACCCUACAGCUCCGACCCCCAGAAUGUCACCGGCUGCACAGUUCCAGCUGCUCCUGCCAACGUGAGCCUCACCAACUCAGGCAGCUCCUCGGUGCUGCGUGCUGCCUGGGACGAACCCCCUGGGGGCAGGGACCACUACCGGGUUAUUCUGUACAGCCUGGUGCCCUGGGGCAUAGAGACAGCUCAGUCCCUGGGACCCAACGCUCAGAACAUCACCUGGACUCGCUUGGCAGCGGGCAGCCGAUUCACUGCACAAGUCACUGCUGUGAAAGGUCCCUACGAAUCCUCCUCUGUCAACGUCACCCAAUGGACGUACCCUCUGGCCCCUGCCAACCUCACCCUGGCCAGCCCCUCUGCCUCCGCCCUGCAGGUCUCCUGGACGGGGGCGGAGGGGGGAGGAGAGGGCUACACCGUGGAUCUGUACGACGCCUCCUCCGGCAGGCACGUUGGCCACACCUUGCUCCCCUGGGGCGCUAGGAACCACACCUUCCAGAGCCUGAUCCCGGGCACCCACUACAGCGUGGGAGUGAGCACCGUGGCAGGGCCUUACCACUCCAGCACCCCCAACCUCACCCAUUGGACACCUUGA